AAGGCGGGGAUCAAUUCUGCCAGAAGUUAGUCAUAGACGGGCCAGAUAGGUUUAAUCUACUGCUGCUGGAGGAAGGGGAGUACUAUUUUAAGGACUAUGCGUGUAAUUAUUACCCUAACGGCGGCAUGCAGCGGAUACCGGGGCACUUAAAGCUGUGCAGCGCGUCGAUAUUCUUCGUGCCCAAGAGCAACCUGGAGCCCGUGUUUCGAGUGUCCUUCUGCUACGUGUCGGCUAUAGACAGGGCAUCGCACAUGGCGGGGGAGAAGGGGGAGGAGUUCCUCAUCAUAUGCGCCAGCGAGCGCACGGACGUGAAGGUGGGCAACCGGCAUGCGCCGUACCGCAGCACAAGGGCGAGUUCGCCUUCCCCUUUGCGCUGCUGUACACGUCGCUGGAGGCCGUGCUGCCACGGGUCUCUGCUCUGCUGGACAUCGCCCAGGGGCCCUCGUGGGAGCAGCCGGGGAAACUGGGGGCGAUUGUGCAGGAGCACGAGGAGGAGGUCAAGUUCAACCCCGGGUGGCUGGAGGAGGGGGACGACAAGGUGAUCAUCGAGCUGGUGGGCUCGCAGAUGCUGCCUCUGGUGCUCCAGCCGGGCCGCAUCAUCCUCACCCCCUACAGCGUCUACUUCCAGCCCUUCAACGUGGUGUCCUCUGUGCCUGUCGUGCGGCAUCCGCUCCGCACUGUCACUGCAGUCAUGAGGCGGUCGACUCAUUUGCAAGAGAUCGGAGUGGAGAUCUUCUACUCCCAGUGGUCGAGCAUCUAUUUCACCUUCAAGUCAACCCAAGAUUGCUCCAGAUUCUACUCGCUGCUGCUGCAACAGCCCGGGCUGUCGAUCGAGAGCAUGAGGAGCCGGGACAAGUGGGUGCGGGACUGGGUGAGCGGCAGCAUCUCCAACUUCGACUACCUCAUGUACCUCAACCGCGAGGCCAACCGCUCCUUUAACGACCUCUCGCAAUACCCCGUCUUCCCCUGGGUUAUUGCGGACUACACCUCCAAGGAGCUGGAACUAACGUCCCCAGCUACCUUCAGAGACUUGCGCAAGCCCGUGGGGGCGCUGAACCCCGACCGCCUGGACAAGUUCCGCCAGCGCUACGAGGACCUGGCAGAGCUCUACGAAGACUGGGCGGGAAACUUCCCAGAAGGCGAGGUGCCACCGCACGUGCCCGGCACGCCGUCCCCCGCGUUCCUGUAUGGGUGCCACUACUCCACGCCCGGCUACGUGGUGUACUUCCGUGUGCGCGAUGAUCCCCAGCUCAUGCUCCGCCUGCAGAACGGCCGGUUCGACAUGCCCGAUCGGCUCUUGACGUCCAUUCAGGAGAUGUGGGAGGGAGCGUACAACAACCCCUCUGACCUUAAGGAACUCAUUCCGGAGUUCUACUCGCUCUCCACCUCGUUCCUCGUCAACUCCGAGGGGCUGGACCUGGGGGUGAAGCAGGACGGCUCGCCUGUGAACGACGUGGCACUGCCCGCCUGGGCGGAAGAUGCGCAGGACUUUGCUCACAAGAUGCGGCAAGCGCUGGAAUGCCCCUACGUGUCGAAGCGGCUGCACCAUUGGAUCAACCUGGUGUUUGGCUGCAAGCAACGGGGGGAGGCAGCAGUGGAGGCGGACAAUGUGUUCCACCCGCUCACAUAUGAUGACCUCGGCGCACAGGUCCUCGCCUCAGUAUCAGACGACACGGUGCAGCAGGCGCUGAAGGUGCAGAUGAGAGAGUUUGGGCGCACUCCAAAGCAGCUCUUCACCACGCCGCACCCCAGACAGCUGCGCAAGGAAGUGCGCGUCAUCCACAGAUAUGUGCGCACGGCAUCUCGAGCCAUGAAGCUGCCCUUCCUGUUCCGCCAGUCCACCGUCGACUCGCACAUCGUCAUGCAGUCGCUCUCCACGCUCAACCGCGUCUCCGCGCACCGCACGCACCUCGACACCAAGCUUAAGUCUCGCCGAGGCUACAAGACCAUUCUGAUGGGGGCGCUCAACCCGCUGGUGGAGCUGGCAUUGCCCGACCGGUCGGUGUAUCGUGCCAUCGCACAGGUGGCGGGGGGAGAGAAGGACAGAGAGGGGCAGGAGUUUGGGCUCGAGUGGCUGGAGAACACAGCCAUGUACAGAGAAGCAGACAUGCUUCAAAUCUCGAGCGCCAAGUACCUGCUGCCCCUCGUGCCUCUCGCUCUCUCCAAACGCGCCGACCAGCGGGCGGCCGCCAUGCGGGCGGUUGCCGCCCUCUGCAAGCCGGACGCCAACCGGCAGUUUGUCUAUUCUGCGGGGUUCUUGGAGCCUAUCGAGGGAGCAAUCGUGGGAGGAUACGACAGGGGCACCAAGGCGGCAGUGGAUGCGGUGGCCAAGCUCUCAGUGCUGGCGGAGGUGGUGGAGGAGUUCAGCACAGCUGGCGUGCUCUCAUUGGUCGACCUCCUCGUCAUGCGCGACACCUCGCUGCAGGCUGUAGAAACACAGGCUCUAGCCUGUGAGGCGCUCUCGCGCCUGUGCGCCCUGAGGCGGCACCGCCUGCCUGCCUUGGCGCGGGACGUGGUGGCGCGGCUGCUGCCUCUGGUGCGCGCGGGGGAGCACUUCACGGUGGAGCUAAGGGAGAUGGCCCUCAGGGCGCUGGCUGCUGUAUGCGUGGAGACCAGCAGCCAGGAGGAGAUGCUGCUGAGAGGAGGGCUGAAGGAGGUGCUGGAGAUCUGUGCUAUGGAGGCCGGAAACAUCCUGGAAGCUGCCAUCUCUGCGCUCGCCGCCCUCUGCCGCAACCCCGAGCUGAGAUUGCAGAUCGCAGUGGAGGGCGGGCUCCGUCUCUUGUGCAAUGCGUCGUGCGCCGCUCAGUCUCAAAUACAGGAGGUGGCAUCUUCUGCGCUGCAAAGCCUGCUGGGAGACGGAGUCAUUCUGAACGGCGUGAUAAGGGAGGAGGGGCUGUGGUCCAUCAUCGCCAUGGCGCAGUCGCAGCACCACGAGGUGCAGCGCCUGGCGGCUAGAGCGUUCUGGUACCUGGCGAUUCACUGCGAGAACAAGCGACAGGUCAUGUCGAUGGGCGGUCUGCAGUCCCUCCUCUCCCUGGCAGCGCUGGGCGAUCGCAACCGCCACGCCACCCUGCUGGCAGAGGAAGCUCUCCUGCGCCUGUCGGAGGACCGGGAAAUCCACGCCCAGCUGCUAAGAGAACAGGCCUUUCUCGCCCGCACCGCUGCUGCUGCUGCCGCUGCUGCUGGUGCUGGUGGGAGGAGGAGGAGUGGCGGUGGGGGUGGGGGUGAGGGUGGUGAUGGGGGGGAUGGUGGGAAUGAUGGUGGUGCGGGGGAGGGCGGCAGCAGAGGAAACAGAAGAGUAGGAGAAGGAGAAGGAGGAGCAGGAGCAGGAGGGGGGGGAGGAAGGGGAAGAGGGGGGAGCAUGGGAUCGUCUGUGAGUUCCCUGGGGGGUGCCACAGCGGGAUCUCUCUUCCCCGGCAUGUCAGCAGCAGCCACACCUACUGCCUCCACCUCUGCCCCCUCGCCCUUCCCUCUCUCCUCCUCAGACUAUGAGGGUUUUUCUGCAAGCAGUCCUAGCUCCCACUCUGACCAGUCCUGGGCUUUAACCUGGUCUAAUAGCAGUAAGUGGGAGGCACCUAGCCCUGGGCGGUUGUCUACAGACAGCCACACUGUUCCCAUUCCACCGUUUCUCCCCUCGUCGCUCUCCAUGGGAUCGUCUAGUUCAAACGCUGCUGCUACUGCUGCUGCCGCUGCUGCUGCCGCUGCCGCAGCUGCCGCCGCCACUGCUGCUGGUACGGCUGGUGCUGUUGGUGGCACUGCUGGUUUGACAGCAGGCAAGGGCACGGUGUUUCAGAGGCCCUUGACUCCCCCUUUCUGGACGAGCUCUGUCCUCUCUCCUGCUCCCAGCUCUGCUGCUGCCCUUGCUGCUGCUACUGCUGCCGGUGCUCUUGCUUCUGAUGGUGCUACGGAUGCUGCUGCUGCCGCCGCUGCCACUGCUGCUGCUGGUUUCCCUGGCACUGGCAGCAACAGCAAUGCAUAAUUCUUCCCACCCCUGCCUCCCUCGCUCGCACACAUGGCUGUGCCACUUGUUUCCCAGCCGGCUCGUGAUUUGACCUGGGAAGCUCUUUGAGACGGACACACGAACACGGUUGCUGAUCCUCCUCUCCUCCGAAUAAGAGCCCUUCCGUUGCUGCUGCUCACCUGGGUAUUUACAGAAUCACCUGUUGUUUUCACGGGUAUUAUCCGGGCCACCUGUCUUCUGGACCCUGCACCCAGCACGUGGGCUCAAUAGCACGUCUUGGUUGACAUCGACCGCUGGUGUUGUUGCAGCACCCAUUAUCCCUGCUCGCUUAAUAGCGCACAGGCUCACCGCUCCACCAGCAACAACGAAAGCAGCAGCGAGAGGCGCCUCGGAAGGGCAGGAGGAGUGGUGUGUCGCUGUGUUCUGGUUGAUUUGUUUUUCCUUAAUGCUCUUUUCCCCCAUCCUCUCCCCAUCCUCCCCCCAUCCGCUCCCCACUGCCUUCUCUCCCCAUCCCCUCUCCAUCCCCUAUCUCUGGUUCAAUUAAUUCCAUGUUUCAUUUCAAGGUUUCCUACUCGAUCUUGAUGAUUCUUUCUCCAUUCGUUUCCUUCUCCCCAAAUGGUCCUGGGGUUGUAAAGUUAGGGUUUCCGUGCGUCUAUGCCCGGCUAGGAAUGGUAUUGGAUGUAUCUGUAACAGGCUCGAUGCCUGGAGCCACACAGCCUAUCUAUUCGAUUCAUUCUUUACAAUCUGGUACUGCACUGUUGGGUGAUCAAUUUCUGCUGCAAACAAAUGUGGCUCUUAGCAGAGGGUGUGUUAGAAACUCAGCCACUGACCACUGAGUUAAAAGGGCUUGGUAAUAGCAGGUUAGUGCACCCAUAUGUUAAAAUAUAUAUAUAUUAUAUAUAUAAUUGUAGGCUUGGUAGGUGU